AUGACCAACGAGCGUGAAAGCAAGACUUUUCUGGCCCGCCUCUGCGAGCAGGCUGAGCGCUACGAUGAAAUGGUCACCUACAUGAAGGAGGUCGCCAAGAUCGGAGGCGAGCUCACCGUCGACGAGCGUAAUCUCCUCAGCGUCGCCUACAAAAACGUCGUCGGCACUCGCCGUGCCUCGUGGCGCAUCAUCUCUUCCAUCGAGCAGAAGGAGGAGUCCAAGGGUUCCGAGAAGCACGUCUCCACAAUCAAGGAGUACCGUGACAAGAUCGAGGCCGAGCUUGAGCAGGUCUGCCAGGACGUCCUCAAUGUCCUCGACGAAAGCCUCAUCCCCAACGCUGCCUCGGGCGAGUCCAAGGUCUUCUACCACAAGAUGAAGGGUGAUUACCACCGCUACCUCGCCGAGUUCGCCUCGGGCGAGAAGCGCAAGGUUGCCGCCACGGCUGCCCACGAUGCCUACAAGAACGCGACUGAGGUUGCCCAGACCGACCUGACUCCCACCCACCCCAUUCGCCUGGGUCUGGCCCUCAACUUCUCCGUCUUUUACUACGAGAUCCUCAACUCGCCCGACCGUGCUUGCCACCUUGCCAAGCAAGCCUUCGACGAUGCCAUUGCCGAGCUUGACUCACUCUCCGAGGAGUCCUACCGCGACAGCACCCUUAUCAUGCAACUGCUGCGUGACAACCUUACUCUGUGGACCUCGUCCGACAGCGCCGACGCCGAGGGCGCCGCCGCGGGUGAUGCUGCCAAGAAGGAGGAGGGCGAGGCCUCCAAGCCCGCCGAGGAGGAGACCAAGGCCGAGGAGCCCGCUCCCGCCGCUGCCUCGUAA